CGCAGUGUUUACUUAUUUCACCCGGCACGCGGAUGUGAUGUCUGGCGCGUCUGCUGGUUAUUGCGUAUCGCGCUGAACAUGAACUUCCACUUCGGCUGCAUGUGCGCGCUCGUCACGCAAGUGAUAGAUUUCUGGCGCGGAGGAUUCGCCGUCGCCGCGAGACGGAUUUCUAUCGAUUCUUAUCACCGGCGAGGAACGCGUCUGACCCCUGGACUUUGACACGUUCAUCUCUGCUGGCGCAAACGAACGCGCGCACGCACAUGUAGCGCGCCCACCGAAAAACAGAAAACAUUCACGCGGGCAUGUGACAUCAAGCAGCCAUCAAUUAUUGCGACUGAAAUUAUACACAUUUAAAGAAGAAGUGUUAAAAUGGUGGCCAUCAACAACACAUCGAUACUCUUCCAGAGCAUCUUUACGAUUCUUAACAUUACAGUUGAGAAUCCCGAAGAAACAGUUUCGUAUAAUAAUUAUUACAGAAGCAUUGGUAAAGAAACAACACAGACAAAGUGUUAUGGAAUGUAUGGUUGUUUCAAUUUGCAAUCGCCAUGGACGAGCGAAAACCGACCGGUUGCGUUACUUCCGGAAAGUAUACGAAAGGUUGAACCGAAAUUGCGAUAUUUUACACGUGAGAAGCCAAUAAACGGUACGAAAUUUGAUCUUGAUGAUUUUGAUCUCAUUGUACAAUCGGGAAUCAAUCCGAAACUACCGGUUUUUGUUAUAAUUCAUGGUUACACCGAGAGUGGGCAACAUCCAUGGAUCAAACAAAUGACAAAAGAAUUAUUACUUCAUGUGAAUGCAAAUGUUAUUGUUGUUGAUUGGCAAGGUGGUUCCUCUCCGCCAUACACACAAGCAGUUGCUAAUAUUCGUCUUGUCGCUGCCAUUACCGCUCAUUUAUUAGCGGAUCUUGCGCAGUUUACGAAUAAAAAUCUGGAUCAUGUGCAUUUGAUUGGACAUUCUUUGGGUGCUCACAUGUCUGGUUAUAUUGGAUACACACUACAAGAUGAUUUUGAAGGAUUAACCCUAGGUAGAAUAACUGGUUUGGACCCUGCGGAGCCACACUUUGCAAAAUCUUCCCGUCCGGUGCGUUUGGACAAGUCCGCGGCGAAAUACGUGGAUAUUAUCCAUACGGACGCGAGCCAAUUCAUCCGUGGUGGACUCGGUAUGACGGAAGCGAUCGGUCAUGUUGAUUUCUACCCGAAUGGCGGUACUGACCAACCCGGAUGCGAUAAAAGCGUGACAGAAUUCGCGAUUGAAAACGGUGGUAGUUUAUUUAACGGAAUUAAAAAGUUCUUGGGUUGUAAUCACAUCCGGAGUUAUCAGUACUUCACGGAGAGUAUCAACAGUAACUGUUCGUUUUAUGGAAUUACUUGUGCUAGUUACGAAGAUUUUGUCGCUGGGAAAUGUUUCGAAUGUAAAACCAAGGGCCAAUUUUGCAUGCCAAUGGGUUUCAACAGCAAGAAACGCUACGAUGAACUACUAUCAAAGAAAAUAAUCAGUAAAAGGCGUACUUAUGUAUUGUAUCUUCGUACUGCAGAUGCGCAGCCAUUUUGCAAAGAACAUUACAAAUUAUCCGUGCAAGUAUCUGAUUCAUCUGAAAGUAAACACGGUGGUGAAAUCGGUCAACUCUGGUUCGUGUUGCAUGAUUCAACAGACAUGCGCGGAUUAAAAACAAAUCGAGUUGCGUUGAACAAAGGCGGAUAUCACGAACCAGGCAAAUUAUACACGGAAAUUGUGUCAAUGGAUAAAACUCUACACUUGAAAGGAUUAGAAGUUGAGUGGGAUUACCACAGUAAUGUGUUUAACCCACUAACAUGGCGUUUAUUGGCUUCGCCGAGGGUACACCUUGCAAAAAUCAAAGUGGAAAGUUUAAACCCAAAAGAAAGGUUAUCUGUGUGUCCAAAAGAUAAAAAUCAACCACUCAUCACCGGAAUACCACAACUCAUGCUGCCAUCUUACUGCUCGCAGUGAAACCAAAUUCCAAGUGUACAUAUUGUUAACGAGUAUUUAUUCUCAUAGUAUUUAUAUACAAGUUAAGCUGUUUUGAGACGUUGAGUGUGACAUAUGUGUUUGGAUUUUAAAACGUGCGUGCUUACUACUCGCCGGUGGUGAUCGUCAACUGUUUUGUCUUGCUGUUAUCGAAUUUAUCCAUCGUUUUGAUGCUGUUCAACGCGCCUAGACCAAUCGCCAGCGCCACCAACAACAACGACACGAUGAACAACCCGGACCAUAUUGGAACAGUGGUGAAAUCAACACAAUCGUAAGCAUCAUUAAAUCUAACUUUGAGAGAAUCAGGCUGAGCUUGAAUGUCGAACAACAUCAACUCAAUCUCGUUCUCUUCAUCUCGAAAUACGGAAUUACCGCUGCAGUGAUACGAAAAUGACUUUGCUGCGGAGAUUUCUUCUUUAUCGACUGUCAAAGUGUAAGUUUUCGUUGACAUGAGCAACAGAUUAAUGGUAUUAAGAUACCAAUACCCAGAAUUCCAUAGGAAUUUAAAUCUGAGCGUGACUUUAUCACCGGAUUCCGUCGGAAUAGUAACGCUAAGUUGUCGAUAUUUAUCACCACGAUCAUCUACGGUUGCCACGGCGGCUUUACCAAGAUUAUAACUAGUGGCGUUUAUUUUCAAGACCGGUGUCCUUGAAGAAUAAAUCAUGGCGACUUCGGAAGUGGUCGUUGAGGCUUGAUAGAGCACUGGGCCAGUGACAGGCUCGUAGUUUUCCAUGGUCGUAAAAGUUUCCGGUAAUUCAGUGGUGAACUCAUCGGAAGCUUCGCGUUUUGGUCGAUUGGCAGCAGGAGGCGCACUUGGAGCUGCUUCAUGAUUGGUAAGAAUCAAUGCCAAGAUAUUAUCGUAUUCACGACUGCAGUUAUCCAGAGUAUCCUGGAUUUGUUUAAAAUUUGAUGUGGCAUCACCUUUUAAUUCUGUAAAUUAAAAAUGGCGGAUGUAAUCAUCAAUAUACAUAAGAUAAAUUGAUUAUGGUUACCAAUGACGUUGUCGAUGUUUAAAUUACUGCUUGGGACGUACGCAGUGUAUUUAUUUCGGAGAAGAUUUUGAAGUUCAUUGGAGAUUUGCAUUGGAUCACCCUUGAAGACGACUACUUUGGGGCGGCGCAUGUAACUCUUCAGCAAAUCAAAGUCUUCAUUGUUGAAUUGCUUCAGUGAUGGUAAUUGAAUACUUUCUGAACCCCAUAUUAAUACUCCUCCGUGGGAAUAAUCAAAAAUAUUCAAGAGAAAACCGAUGAAAACCACAAUUUUGUACAUUUUGCCUUGUGGUAGGACUACGACUGAUACUACAGCAAGGAAAAUUCACCCUUAGGAUCGAUAACAGUGGUUGGCGCAUGCGCAGUGCAGAAACCAAACACAGGAGCAUAAAAAACAAUGCAAUGUAUUUUUAAACAAUCUUUGGAAAUGUUAGGAGACAACAAUAUUUAUGGGAGAAAUGAUUUCCAAUCUGUUUCGAAAGUAUUCUUGAAACUUAUUGUUUCGAUGAUAGAUGGCGCUGCCGGUAUCAACCUGUGCGAAAAUCGACACCUAAAAAUACAUACAACUUGUUUUUGGGUCACUCGUGUCAUCUCAUCGUGACAGAAUUAGCUUUAGCCAAAACUCAUUCUAAUCGCGCUGAUAAUUACGUCGCGUGCAAUCAACACACAGUAUAACAGGUGAUUGCCAUACAAAAUGUUUGUACUCCACUGAAAUAUACAAAAUGACCAGUAACACCGAA